AUUAAAGGGUAAAUUUGCAGGUGAAAUGCAGAGCUGGGAACAUUCCUAGAUCCAGAAGGACAGAACAUUUUGCAGGAGGGGCCAGAAGCCAGAAACAAGCCCUUCUCAGCACCGAGCAGGCCCUUCCUCCAGGUGGCACAGAGCCUCUAGGAGGCGGGAGAGGGCUGGAAAGACAACCCACGUGACACACCCCCGAGGUUUGGGAUUGGCUGGUGGGGUUGACACUGCUGAGGUCUAAACAAGGAGGCAGAAGCAGUCUUCAGUUCACGAUCUUCUAGUUGCAGCAGCGAUGAGUGCACGAGUGAGAUCAAGAUCCAGAGGAAGAGGAGAUGGUCAGGAGGCUCCCGAUGUGGUUGCAUUCGUGGCUCCCGGUGAAUCUCAGCAAGAGGAACCACCAACUGACAAUCAGGAUAUUGAACCUGGACAAGAGAGAGAAGGAACACCUCCGAUCGAAGAACGUAAAGUAGAAGGUGAUUGCCAGGAAAUGGAUCUGGAAAAGACUCGGAGUGAGCGUGGAGAUGGCUCUGAUGUAAAAGAGAAGACUCCACCUAAUCCUAAGCAUGCUAAGACUAAAGAAGCAGGAGAUGGGCAGCCAUAAGUUAAAAAGAAGACAAGCUGAAGCUACACACAUGGCUGAUGUCACAUUGAAAAUGUGACUGAAAAUUUGAAAAUUCUCUCAAUAAAGUUUGAGUUUUCUCUGAAGAA